GACGCCGCCAGCACGCUUGCGCGCUCCCUCGGUGCAGCUAGUCUGCGUGCGUGAGUGGGAGGUGGCAGGCCCCAGACUUAGGCCUUCUGUACUGACUGUUCCAGCGCGACGCCUUAAGUCAUGAGCCGGUUUGGUACCCGGUUGGUGGGAGCCACGGCGGCUCUAGCGCCGCCGCCGAAAACCCACAGCAAUGAAAACCUCGACAAAAUCGAUAUGUCUUUGGAUGAUAUAAUCAAAUUGAAUCGAAAGGAAGGAAAAAAGCAGAAUUUUCCAAGACUAAAUAGAAGACUCCAACAAAGUGGUACCCGGCAAUUCAGGAUGAGAAUACGAUGGGGAAUCCAACAGAAUUCUGGUUUUGGUAAGAAUAGUCUGAGCCGUAGAGGAAGAGUCAUGCCUGGAAAGAGACGUUCUUAUGGGAUUAUCACUGGCCUUGCAGCUAAGAAAGCAACUGGAAUUCGAAAAGGAAUUAGUCCUAUGAAUAGACCGCCUCUAAGUGACAAGAAUAUAGAGCGAUAUUUUCCAGUGUUAAAAAGGAAGACAAACCUUCUGAGACAAAAUGAAGUGCAGAGGAAACCAGUUGCUGUUCUCAAGAGACCUAACCAGUUAAACAGAAAAAAUAACAUUCCAGCCAAUUUUACUAGAAGUGGAAAUAAAUUAAGCCAUCAGAAAGACACUCGUCAGGCAACUUUUCUUUUCAGAAGAGGCCUGAAGGUUCAGGCCCAGUUGAACACAGAACAACUGCUAGAUGAUGUAGUAGCAAAGAGAACUCGUCAAUGGCGGACUUCCGCCACAAAUGGAGGAAUUUUAACUGUAUCCAUUGACAAUCCUGGAGCAGUGCUGUGCCCAGUAACUCAGAAACCACGAUUAACUCGUACUGCUGUACCCUCAUUCUUGGCAAAGCGAGAGCAAUCGGAUAUAAAGAAAGUUCCUAAAGGUGUACCCCUACAAUUUGACAUAAAUAGUGUUGGAAAACAGACAGGGAUGACUUUGAAUGAGCGAUUUGGGAUCCUGAAGGAACAAAGAGCCACUCUCACAUUCAACAAAGGAGGAAGCCGCUUUGUAACCGUGGGAUAGAUCCCAUGGCAAAGGGACUUCUGAGUGACGACUAUUUGAAAAGUUGAAUUGCUUAAAGAGUUUGUCAUAAAAAUUCAAGAAACUUUAUUGCAAAAUAUUCACAAGGCUAAAUAACUCUUUAUUUUUAUUUUUGAAGUUUUUUUUAAAUGUGUAUAAAAUAAUGCCCUGAAAGAAUAACAGGGUAUAUAUACCUAUCUAUUCUUAAAAUUUUCAUGGUUGGCUCCGCAGAACAAUCCUCUAUUUGACUCCUUUAGUUUCUCAUGCAGCAGAAGAAAGACAAAGAUAGAAAUCGAUUAUUUUUAUGAUACUGGUAUUUAGUAUCUCAUCUCCUUUGCCUAUUUUUUAGACUUUGCCAUGGUAAAUCUUGGUCUUUGGAAAUAUGAGUAGGUCCCUUUGUUGCUGUUAUUUACACUUUAAUAGUGUUCAUGUAAUAAGUGCAGUUGCCUUUUCUUCAGUAGAAAUGUUUUAAAAAAAUUCAUUAGAAUUUCAGUUUGGGGUUUUAAGAUUAAUGGGAAUAUCUGUAACUCUGUCCCCCCCCCCCCCGGAUAAUGUUAGGUUAAUCCCCCCAAAUGAUAAAUCUUCAGUGACAAACUUUUAACAAGAAAUGUGGCUCUAGGCAUUAGUCUCAGUUUAAGAUGUUGGUGUUCAAAGACUGUAAAUGCAUGUUUACAAACGUAUCUGCUAGGGCCUUGUAGGAGAAGGUUCAAAGUAAAAAACUCACAGUUUGUGUUUAGUAGAUGAAUAAAGCAUGAGAGGAAGUAGCUGGUUGAAGAACAGGUAACUGAGUGAAAAACUUCAAAACCCAGCUCAUAGGUAUUCUGUUUGGAUAUAAUGUAGUCUUGGGUCUAGUGUCCACAAAGAAUUUUUCAAAUGAUAUUUAAAGGAGCUAUAAUUAUUAAAAUGGAUUGAGUCCCUUAGAUAUUUUGGUAGUAAAAUUGAUAGCCAUUAAGUCCUAGACUUUCUUCUUAAUCAAAAAGUUGAUUCUAUAAGCUUUUAAGCUUGCUAAAUUAAGCAGUAUACAACUCCAAAAACAAAAAAUGGCAAAAGUGAUGAGAGUUGCAUUAUAACCUUGCUUUAUACCUCUCACUUUGAUUUAAUUUAUGGUAUAAAGUUCAGGCAUUUGUGGGGUGAAAAGAAUUUGGUUUUUCCCCCUUCUGAGGUGGUGCGAGGAGUUUUCUGUUAUGCCAAGAUCUAAGAGUCCUCAGAUAGCUGUAUACUAUAAGUUACAUUAGUACUUAUAGUAUACUAUAAGUUACAGUAAUACUUGUAGUAUACUAAACGUUACAUUAGUACUUAUAGUAUACUGUAAGUUACAUUGUGGUAUAAUGCCAAAAUGCAGCAAAAUAUUCCAGCUGUAAGUUAUAAUUUUGGUCACUAUGAAGCUUGACCUUUUGGUUUUCUAUAACAUUAAAAUCUCUAAAUAGGUGUUAUUUUCUCUAGAGUAUAAUAUUAGUGUUUACUUUUCCUAUUAAAAAAAUUACUUUAUCACUCUUGCCUGUCUUGCAUUAUAUACUAGAUUUCAUUGUCACUCAUGCCCCUUGGGUUUCUUCUUGGUUUAUUCAGAAGCCAUGGAAAGCUGUCAAUAACAGUUUCAUGCUUAUACCAAAGAAUUAAAUCUGAUCUAAUUAUCUGGUAUUUUGCAGAUACUUCUGAGAAGGGAUUAUUUGGAAGUCAGUCACAGUAUUUGAAAGUAAACUCUGGUCUCUACUUAGCUAUUUAUGUUUUUUGUAGAGGCCAAGGUACCAUUGCAAAGCAUUUUUGCAAGUACAAGUGCUUGUAUUUGGUCCAAGAACAAAACAUUUUAGACUGGUUAGAAUUACUGGUAGCUUAUUUUAAAGCAAAGGAUAAAACUGAACAUGAGUUUGCUGUCUUUAGAACAAUUUGUGAAGAUAUGAUGUGAAGGUAGUUUCCAUUGUCCUGUUGAGUUAUGUUAAAUAUUAUUGUACAGAGCUAUUAUUAAUGCCUUUUUUUUAACCUUAAAAAUUGCCCAAAAUAUUGACACUAAACUAAGUGCAUCAAACAACAAAAUUUGGUAUAUUAAACUUUUGUUCUUUGUGCAUCUGUAAUUUAAUUUUCUUUUUAAAUAUAAAAUUUUGCCUUUGGUACAACUAAAUUAAAACACUGCUAAUAUGUUGUAUAUACACAAAAGAAUAUGCUUUGUUGGAGGAAAAAUUUCCUUUCUUGGAAGUUUAGCUGCUAAUGUGGUUGUAGUCUUUUUUAGUUCUUAAAGUUUUUUGUUUUUGUGUUUUUAAACAAACAAAUUUUAAGGUUGCAACUUAAAAUUUCCUUUGCAUCAAGAUGUAUCCAAAACAGUGAUGCAGUGCAUCACAAAACAAAAGUUUGUAUUUAAUGAGGAGGUGCUUUACACUGUACUUUUUGGUGUUUUUUGGAAAAGUUACAUUUAAAAGCUGUUCAUUUUUGAAAAAUAAAAUGUUACAGGUUUCACAUGA